AUGAGGAUGGAGGGCAGGGAGGAGAUGCAGGGCGCCGUGGGGCUACGCUGCACCUGGGACAUUCCGCCACCCGCUGGCACCCAGGCCAAGUGGGUGAGGCUCAAUGUGGGGGGCACCGUGUUCCUCACCACCAGGCAGACCCUGUGUCGGGAGCAGAAAUCUUUCCUGUGUCGCUUGUGCCAGGGCGAGGAGCUGCAGUCGGACCGGGAUGAAACUGGUGCAUACCUAAUAGAUCGGGACCCCACUUACUUUGGACCGAUUCUGAAUUUCCUCCGCCAUGGGAAGCUGGUCCUGGAUAAAGAUAUGGCUGAAGAGGGGAUCCUUGAAGAAGCUGAGUUCUAUAACAUUGGUCCUUUGAUCCGAAUAAUCAAGGAUCGAAUGGAGGAGAAGGACUACACAGUAACACAGGUGCCUCCUAAGCAUGUCUACCGUGUGCUGCAGUGCCAGGAAGAGGAGCUCACUCAGAUGGUUUCCACUAUGUCAGAUGGAUGGCGCUUUGAGCAGCUUGUGAACAUUGGCUCAUCCUAUAAUUAUGGGAAUGAGGAUCAGACAGAAUUCCUGUGCGUGGUCUCCAAGGAGUUGUACAACUCCCCCAAUGGCCUGAGCUCUGAGCCCAGCCACAAAGCCAAGAACACAGAGGAGGACCUGGAGGAGGAAGAGCAGGAGGUGGAGGAGGAGGCAGAGGCAGAAGCAGAAGCAGAGGAGAAAGACCGUCCAUCUAUUUGGGAUUGUGCUAAACUCUCUUCCUGCGGACCCUCCCUCCUGCUCCCUUCCGUGUCCAUCCCAGCACUGCCAUCUACCUCCCACAUUGUCCCACUCGCCAGCCUCCAGCAUCCUUCCCUCUGCUCUCCUUGUCCCUCAGGGCUCAGAGUGGUCUCUGCCCAGGGCCCUGUCUCUCUCUGCUCCUCACUUUUCCUCCUCUGCAGGUAUGUUACCUGUCUGCACUCCCAGCUCCUGCCAGCCUGAGCUCUGCAUGAGUGACUCACUUCCCUCUUGUGGCUGUUACAAGCCAGAGAUCUGAGGAUGUGAUCUGAACACUCCACUCCAGCCUUUUCAUUUCUUGUUUAUAUCUUUAUUUUUGUACUGCAGUGUAUGGCAGCACUUUCUCCCACAGUGACGCCCCCAGCCCCCUUCACUCUUCACAUGCAGCCAUUUUUUUUUUACAAACUCACCUCGGAGGCCUGAGCUUCCAGUCCUGGAGGAGGGCAGAUGCUGCAUGGAGCCCCUGAGCUGCUGUAGGAGCGGGAGCCCACAGCCCCCUCCUAUGCCUGGCAGUCUGGCUUUCCUUAAUGUCACAGUGGCCCCUGCUGGGGACAUCAGCGAUCAGCCACUGCAGCCUGCGGUCCCUUCCUGAGCACCCUGGAUGCAAAUGUGGACCGAGGUGGUGGCAGCUGUCUAAGGACCAGCCCUUGCCCUUUCACUGUUGCAGGCAACUGGUGUGGGCUUGUGGCCUGGGGACAAAUGCAGAGCCACCGUCCUUUUCUGGGCCACCUGAAUGGCUCGGAGGUGUCCCUGUGCUGGGUAUCACGUUCCUUGGUGCCUCCCCCCCUGUCCCCCAAAGCAGCUCUGUGCCAGCAGUGUGAGAAGGAGAAUGGUGUGCUGCCUGGGUACCAUGAACAUGCUGGUACCUCAUGUUGUGUCAGCCAGCACCAAGCAGAUCCCAGUUUUGGGGAGCAGGGUGCUUGCUUCACUGCUGUGUCUGAAGACUCCUGAAUAAAAUUCACAGUCUGUUCCUC